ACCAGUAUCUCCAGAUGCUGUUUCCAGGGAACUAAGCUGCUUUCUAAUUAAAACUGCAAAGAGCAAUGGAGAGUUUAGGCAAAGACCAUGCUUCUUCGGACUCUUCCCUGCCACCCUCUGCAGCCUGUGUGGAGUAUGCUGUGCCAGAUGUCAUCAUAACCCGUCGCUUGAGAGACCGGGAGUUGCUCAGGAAAAGAAAAGCAGAAGCCCUGGAGAAAGAUUCAGCUCAGUGGGUUAUGAGAGACUAUAAGAAUGAACAGCAAAGGAGAGCCAGAAGAGCCAAAAGAGGACGGGGCCAUCAGACAGUGGUGAAGAAUGUCCUGGAGUCAGAGCCGGCAGUGGAGCCCCAGCCAGACCCAGAGGAGAAGGCUGAGCCAGUGCACUCGGAGCCAGUGCCCUUGGAGCCAGCACUGUCUGAAGCAGGCUUUCAACAGCAGCCACCUAUGCUGACCAUCCAGAACAUGGUCGGUGGGAUGCCACCAGUGGAAGUGGAAGGGGAGCUGGCAGACAGGAGCUUGGACCCUGCUGGUGAAGAGGAUGUGCUGAAACCAGCAGAAGCAGAUAUAGCAGAAGAGUUGAAUACUCCUCUGGAAAAUGACCACCAGGAUAACGAAUACAUUCCACGCAUUCUGUAUUAACUUUCUGAUCAUUUGGGGAUAUUUUUUAUUUUUACUCUUACCUCACAAACUUAAUAAGUAUGGCACAGUGAUUUUGAGCAGCUGCUUUCUUGGGAGCCAUAAAGCCCAUACUCUCCUUGUCACUCUGCUUUCUAUGCUUCUUCCAGGCUAGAGAGGCAGCCCCUAGGGAGUUGCCUGUGGCUUAUGAGCCUCCUGCUCUCUCUUCAAACAGGCUCUUCUGCUUGGGCCCAUGGAAGGCUUCCCAGUGCUCUGCCACAUUACACUUCAGUCGUACAGUUCAGCAUCCACCUGUGUUUCUGAAAGUAAUUUCUUAUUUGCAUAAAUGUGAGUGGCAUUGCAAAGCUAACACUCAUUGUGAUUUUUAGCUGGCUGGAGAAGCUCAGCUUGGGCUUUUUUACUGCACCUCACAAACCCCACCACCCUUUGAGCUAUUAUUUUUAGUCUGAAAGUUUUUCUCAU